AAUUUUACUUAUAAAAUGAAAGAGACAAGCAUAUUCACUAUCAAGUUUUCUCACUUUCUAAUGCCUGGCCGAUAUUUUGAAUCCUUUUUUUUGCCUUCUUUUACCAAUUAUUUUGUAUCAGAGAUAACCGCCUCUUCAUUCCCCUCAAAUUCAGCCUCGCCUUCAAACGAUUAUUUCAUUUUGGGGACAAGAAGAACAACAUUGAAAAUCGAAGGUUCAACUUGCUGGCUCUCGAAAACUUUGUGGUUUUAUCCUUCUUUAGACAUAAAUAGAACAAAUGCAAAGAUGAAUGUAAUAAUUGCUGUAAAGCAAUAUAUUACAAAAAUGAUUGAGGAUUCUGGUCCUGGCAUGAAAGUGCUACUUAUGGACAAGGAAACGACUGGGAUUGUCAGUAUGGUUUAUGCACAAAGUGAAAUUCUGCAAAAAGAAGUAUAUUUGUUUGAACGAAUUGAUUCCCAAGGAAGAGAAACAAUGAAGCAUCUUAAGGCCAUUUGUUUUCUCAGGCCAACAAAGGAAAAUGAAGAAAAUUUGAAAAAAGAGUUACAUGCUCCAAAAUAUGGUUCCUAUUAUCUUUAUUUCAGCAAUGUUGUGCAAAAAAGCAUUGUUAAAGCUCUGGCAGAAGCAGAUGACCAAGAAGUUGUCAAAGAAGUUCAGGAGUAUUAUGGUGAUUACUUUGCUGUUGCUCCACAUAUUUUUUCAUUGAAUAUUAUAGGAUGCACAAAGGCAGCUGCAUGGGAUUAUGAACACCAAGAGAGGACAGCAGAGGGGUUGAUAUCAUUGCUGCUUUCACUUAAGAAAAAACCUGUAAUCCGGUAUCAGCAGUCAUCAUCAAUGUGCAAGCGAUUGGCAGAGAAUGUCAUGCAAAAAAUGUAUCAAGAAUCUGGCCUUUUUGAAUUUAGGCAGUCCGAUGUCCCUCCGUUGCUUCUUAUUGUUGACAGAAGAGAUGACCCUGUCACACCUCUGCUAAAUCAGUGGACGUACCAGGCCAUGGUCCAUGAACGACUUGGUAUAAAGAACAAUCGAAUCGACUUGUCUAGAGUGCCUGGAAUCAGUAAAGAUUUAAAGGAAGUGGUUUUGUCAGCUGAGCACGACGAAGUCUACAGAGAUAACAUGUACCUUAACUUCGGUGAGAUAGCGUCAAAUAUGAAACAGUUAAUGGACGAGUUUCAGAAGUCUGCAAAAAGCAACCAGAAAUUGGACUCCAUUGCCGACAUGAAGGCUUUUGUUGAAAACUAUCCUCAGUUCAGGAAAAUGUCAGGAACGGUCUCAAAACACGUCACAGUUGUAAGUGAGCUGUCGAGGUUAGUCAGUGAGUUCUGCUUACUUGAAGUAUCUGAACUGGAACAAGACAUUGCAUGCAGAUCAGAUCAUGCCCAGCACUUACAGCUUCUACGUCGAAUGAUACAUGGCAAUGAAAGGAUAUCACCGUUAGAUCUUACCCGACUUGUUCUCCUGUACACUCUUCGAUAUGAGCGGAACACGAGCAACGACAUAAAAGGACUUCGCAACGAACUGCAAAAGCGAGCAGUCAGUGACAAUUACAUGAGGAUAAUCUUGAAUAUUAUUGAUUAUGCUGGAGCCACAGUCAGAACCAGUGACAUUUUCGGCCAAAGUAAAAGUGCAUUGCAAAUGACGAAACGCUUUAUCAAAGGGUUAAAGGGUGUUGAAAAUAUUUACACGCAACAUAAGCCAUUGCUGCACGAUACUCUAGAUCAAUUGAUCAAGGGAAAAAUCAGAGAAUUCCAGUUUCCGUAUUUGGGAAAAGACAUUCUUCGCGACAGGCCACAAGAUAUCAUAGUGUUUAUGGUGGGUGGAGCAACAUACGAAGAAGCACUGGUGGUAUAUGAACUCAACAAAUCAAUUCCUGGAGUGAGAAUUAUUUUGGGUGGAACGACAGUUCAUAAUUGUGAAAGCUUUCUUGAAGAAAUCAAAGUGGCAACUAUAGGAAGUGGACCGGUUGGGCAAAGAGGAAAGACCAGUUCGUUUAGUCUAUCCUGAUCAAUUCUGGACCUUAUAAAUAAUGCAAAUUUUGUUAAGAAUUUAUGUUCUUACAACUCUGAUGGCUUAAAUCAACAAAAAGUCGCUGGAAUGCUUGUGGACAUCCUAUAUCUUUCCGACUGCUUUGACCCCUGUGUCAUUUGUUAUUAUCUCAGUGAGGCAAGUUGGCAGAAAACUAGGUCUUGUUACUGAAAUGUAACCCUGUUUUGUAACUGAAAUUUCUUUUUGAUGGUUUUUGAAUCUACAAUAAACCAGGGCAAUUGAUAAACUGUAAUUUUGUAAUAUUCAUUGUUCUGAAGACCUUUUUACCCACAAGUGUAUUUAAACCCCAAAUCUCUCAUUAUAGCUUGAAAAAUUCCUCACUGCAGUCAAAUUAUAGGCUUUUUACGUUUUACAAUUUGUCAAGUUUAUGUAAAUGGCAGACCAAUUUCGAUUGCAUUUUUCUAACAUUUAAUAGAGCCUCUAUUCUGCGCUUUGUCGCGAAUAUCGUGAAGAAGGCUCAAAGCUUUUUCACACAGCUGCACAACAUUGUGUCUAUGUAGCUCAUUUAAUUUAUCCCUUGAAAUGAAUUUGCUAGUAUCCGUAAAAACCCCUAGUGACCAUAGUGAUUUUAUCAUUCUUUGUUGAUUUCCUAAUAAUCUUUGUACUAUAGUAUAUCAUUGUAUUUCUACUAAAUUAACUUCCGAAAGAUUCA